AAUGUUAACUAAAAAUGAUUGUGUCCUCUUAACACUUUUAUUCCAGAACUGUUUGCCCCAACGCCUGGAUCGAGAAGUGGGAUGAUCUGAGGGAGAAAGGAGCUUUCCCCGCCAAACUCUAGAUUCUCAUCGAGAUAAAGAUUAGCAGAUAUAACGCAAUUUUAACCCCCCUUUUUUCAAUAACAAAUCAGUAAUUUUUUAAAUUUUUAUUCCUUUAACUCUUAUAUUAGAUAACAUGAAUGCGUACAUUUUCUCAUGUGAAUAUCUCUUAAAAAUAGUAUUUUGUUAGUUUAGUGGUAGACAAUUAAAAUAUUAAAUUUAUUGUUAACUAGAAAAUUUUAGCACCCUUUGCAACUAAUGAUUUGAUUUCAGAUGUCAAUAAUUUAAAGAUGUCGGCAAUAUAUAGAGCUUUGCUUCUCAUUCCCUCCAGAUAUGGGAAUGGUGGUUCAGUUUACAAAAAUCUAGCUGGUAUCCAGCAAAAUUUAACAAGGCAGUGUAGCAACCAGGCCACUGGUAAGCCUGCCAGCCAGGCAGUUCAAGCAGUCGCGGAACAGAAAAAAACUGAAGUUGCUAAACAUGAGCAUCUUUCCAGGAAAGAUUUGGAGGCUCACCAUGUACCGACGGAUUUCCACAAAAGGAUUCUUGUUCAUUUCAAGUAUUAUCCUGACAUGGCUUCAAUCCCGGAUCGGGUUGGUGUAUCUAUGAUGGGGAAGGCAUUGAGCCAAGCCAGAGUUAAAGUUAGCAUCGCAAUGAUGGUGAUUGCAUUGAUUCUAUGUUUCCUCACUGCUUGGUAUGGGAAAACACACCAGCAUGAGAUGUCCUUGGUCGAGGUGAAUCUACGCCGUCACGAAGCGUACAAGCAGGGGCUAGAUGCGUCAGGGGGCAGGCGUGGUCUUAUUCUUUACGAUAAGAAAAAGGAGGAUGUUAAAACUGAGUAGAUGAUGAUGUGAAGUAGAAUGGGAUAAUUGGCUGUAUGCUUUCAGUUUAUUUUUAGAUAAAUUAUGAAAAUCCGAAA